CAAACUCUAAAAAACAUGGCGACACUUAUGAAACUUUACGCUCAGCUUGAGAAAAUGAAAGAGCAAUAUUUCAUAAGAAACAGGAUUGCUGAGGAGAACAGGAAGAGAGAUAAUCAGGCUGCUGUCAAAAUUCAGAGCUGGUUUAGAGGUUGCCAGGUGAGAGCAUACCUCAGUCAUCUGCAUAAGAAUGCAACAGUAAUACAGAGAAUAUGGAGAGGUUUUAUCUCAAGGAAGCUGUUCAGACACAGAGUAAAGGCAGCAUAUUUUAUCAUGAAGAUACAUCUCUACAAUAAGAUGGCUGUCAAGAUACAGAAGAGAUGGCGGGGCUAUUACAUUAGAAAGUAUGUACACAACUAUUACGCCCGCAAGAGAUAUUUGCAAGCCCUGACCAGGAAGAAUAAUCAAAUCAGGAGAGAUCUGGAAGAAUUUGCAGAGCUCCAGAAAAGAGAGCGAGAACGGAUCGCUCUGGAAAAAGAGGAACGGGAGAAAAACCUCCAGGCUCAAAGACUUCACUUCCUCCUUAGCACCAAACAGUGUCCCGGUGUUUACAACUCACCGUUUAGGAUGGAGCCUGAUGAGAUGGAGCUGAGACUGAGACAAGUUAAACCACGAUCAGCUCCUAAAGAGAGGAAGACUCCUAAAAUGACCUCUGAUCUCUUUAACCUGAUGCCAAACAGAGAACGUCUUCCACCCAUACAGCAAAAGCCACAGGGGCCCUUUCGCCCGGCUCUGGAGGUACAGCAGCAACGGCACCGGCCCCUGGAGCCGAGUGUGCGCGUGGCCACAUCCAUCACUGCCCUGGAGGAGGCCAGAGAGGAGCUCAAACGGCACGAGUGGAGGACUCGCGUCAUCGACCAGACUUUCUAUCCACUUUCAAACCCAACCCGAAACAAGACGUAUGAAGGCCUGAUGCACACCAGCACCCCCUUCGAGCAGGCGGCAUAUGGGACCAAGCAUUUCAGAGAGGAACACAAGGAGCUACUCCAGGGGAAAAAGCCCUUCAAGACCGUCUUUACCAGCUGCCACGUCUUUGACAAGUUUGGACGACUGUACUCCAAUGCUGGUAAUAUUGUAUGAGAUGGCUGAGUGGAAAACAGACAAAAUCAAUCAAUAAAUGAAA